AUGACCAGAAAUCACAGCGUUAGAUUUUCCAAUGAUGAAAUGCCGAGGUUCAAGUCACUUGAUUCACCAGAGAUGAACAAUGGUUUUACCCAGAGCAUAGACUCCGGAGCGCCAAGCCCUGACUGUGGUUAUCAGCCAGCUGCUCAGAGGUAUCGACUAAACGAACAACGUAUAAAGCUGCUAACAGCCAUAAACCAGGUUGUACAGCAAAGAGCUGAGUUGGAAGCGAACAGAACCACUCUCUCCAAUAUGCUGGAGGAAAUGAGAAGGAAAUUGAAGAGGAGAGUUGAGGAAUGUCAUUUAGAGAAGAAAGAGAAGAUGAAGGCUUUAAAACAAGCCAACCAACGUCUGGAGCGCGAGAAGUUCAGCAUCGUGACAGAGCUGGAACAUCUGCAGAGGCACCUGGAGAAGGAGCAAGCUCAUCACGUGCAGCAUGCAAGGAAUGCAACCGUUCAGGUCCAUCUUCUAUCUCACCAGGCUAUCCAAGGUGUGACAAGGACAGAGCAUCUCUUCGCUCCGUGCUCCAUGUCGGAACUACCGAAUAUUGUCAGCAGAAAUGUAGCCAAGAAUGCACCUUCGAAGAUCGCUGACAAUAAGUUAGCUGCUGUUCGCUUGAUGCGUGACAUAGCUGAUCUAAGACAGCGCGUUGCUGCUGUAGAGGCGAGACUUGCCAACGAACUCAAACGUAAACGGCAGGCUGAGGUCGACAUUGUGCGAUUGAGGAAGGAGCUCUCUUCAACCAAGAGUUGCAUGGCUUCUCUUAGACUACCAGGAAGAAAAACAUGCUCCAAAUUCGUCUAA